AGAGAAACUAGGGAAGUUAAAAGCGGAAUAAAACAUUAUGGAAUUAAAGAAAUAAUCCCUACAAUAAACUGUCUCUCGUAUUAUGUAACUCAUUUUUGUUUGUCCUUUCCCACGAUGUUAAUCGACACAGUUGCACUCAGGGUAACCAUGAGGGAAUCCAGUCUAAAGGUGGUUCAAGGAGAUGUUGUUGUGCUGCCUUGCUCCUUCUUCACCUCCAGCCCCCUCUCCAGACUCAACGUUAUCUGGACCAUGGCACCCUUCUCCAGUCCAGAAAUACCAAUACAGGUGAUUGUGUACGACCAUGGACAGGUGAUUGAAGACCCCUCACUCAUUGGCAGGGUGGGUUUUACAGGUAUUCCCUGGAGUGCAGAUCUUGUCCUUAAUGACACACGUGUAUCAGAUGCUGGAAUUUACCGCUGCAUGGUCAAUAAUCCACCAGAGACGGCAGAUCCCGGCAUAGGAGAGCUGGAGCUUAGUAUUCUGGCUCCGCCUUCACUGCCCGUGUGCCAGUGGGAUGGAGAUAUCGAUAUGGGUGGAAGUGUCACGCUGUCCUGCUCAGUGGCGGAAGGCGUCCCCACUCCAGAGAUCCGCUGGGAUAAAGUGAAUCCAGAGGAAAUCACACUUCCCAUCAACAUGGAGGGAGAUCUCUCAGGCUCCGUCCAAAUUGUCAAUGUGUCAUCUCAGACGUCCGGCCUGUAUCGCUGCUCUGCCACUAACCUCCUGGGAACAGCAAACUGCUACGUAAACCUCUCCAUCUACACCACUCCAGACAGUUCUUCAGGCAUGCUGCAGGGUGUGCUGCUCACCUUGUCCAUGAGCUUGGUGUUACUGGCGCUGCUGGUGCUCGUGCUGUGGCUCCAUCGCACAGGACAGGACGGGGGGUGGAGGGAAGGGAAAGAAGAGGAGUGUUACAAUGAGAUACGGUAUACUCCUUCUCUGAUGAAGCGCUCGUUUGUUUGAUUUCUCAACAUCCACAGGAAUUUAAAAAAAAGAUAAAGACAUGCUCCAACCCCGGUAUCAAACAAAAGACUUCCAAGACUCUGUUUCAUAUAAAUAAUGGAUUUUGGAAUGGAUUACAGCCUAGCCAGUGCUCCCUGCAUACUACUGUACAGCAUCAACUUUUGAAAUAAAUGCCCAAGUUUCCAAUAGGUGUGGUAUUUUAGUUACAAGAAUGAUCUACAGUUGUACGGCAUACUUCCA